AUCAGCUGCUGCCUUCUCGCUGUGUCCGUGGUGUCCUGUAUGGAGGAAGGAUGUGAUUCAGGCACAGGAAGAGAGCCGGCCGGGUACAACCAUUCCAGCAGAGAUCUGAAUUAAUUCAACAUACCAAUGCACUUGCCCUCCCAUGGAAGACAAGUUCCAGCGGCGAGCCUCUCUAGGUUCUAAAUUACCGAAAUUUGGCACAUCCAAGCCUGUAGGAAGCUUUCUGCAACAGGCACAAAAUGGCACUUGCAAUGGAAUAUCCGCUAAGGGAAACUUUAGUGUCGAAAAGCACAUUGAACAUGACAGGACAUCUGCAUUGCCUUUAAACUGGAGCAAAUCAAGAUAUCCACAAAAUGACCAGAUUUCUAGAGCACCUCCUAAUUUUGCCAUUGAGAAAACGUCCCAGGUAAUGGUGCAGAAUGAUGCACACAGACCUGGAGUCCCAAAACCUGGCAAGCAAAGCAACAUGUUGGUGUCGCAUAAAGAAGACUUGAGUGACAAUGUACUGUCUAGUUCAACAAAAUUUACAAAAGGUACCCAGUUCGGAAAGACUUCCUACCCUGGGUCAAGUGGACAUAAACCACUGUCUAAUGGAUUUUACACAGUCAAACCCCCAAUUGGCUUAUAUAGACCAAGAGCCAAUUCUGCUACAGGUAGAAAUUUCACCACUAAUGUCUUCACAUCUGACAACAAGCCAUUCUCCCAUGUUAGGAGAUCCCAGAGCUUUUCACACUCUAUUCAGAAUUCUAAGUAUCCAGCUACAGGAUUGACCAGGUCUUAUUCUCUCCACAGAGAAACAGAUAUGACGAAAAUCCAUCAAUCGCAGCAUUUACCGACCCGGCCAGAUCUUCAAUCCAGGACUGCAAAGCUGUAUGGUCUGUCAAAUGGUAAUGAACCACACAUGAAGUCUAUGUUUACAAGGACAGGAUAUUCUACAGGUUUAACUUCUGGAUUAAAGAAACCCGUUUUUACAAAUGGUCCUGUGGCAUCAGCUCCUCUAGGUUACAAAUUGACCCGUCCAUCCUUACAAAAAGCAAACAGGCCACCCUACCCCAGGGAGAUCAUUGCUGAUGGAACAAAAGGAUCUUCUGUCGCUCUAGUAAACCACAAAAUAGAAUUAGUGUCAAAUGGCACAUGUCAAGCAACAGACCCACUUCAUAAAGGGGAAGAACAGGACUUAGACAUUGAUCAUUUCUCUUCUUGCAAGAAUCUAGAACGGCAAGACUUCAGAGAUAGUUAUUUCAGUGAAGAUGUUGAUGAACUUUCCAUUUCCUCCUUGUCGUCAUCUGACAAAAAUGAUUUCAGUGAAGAUUUUAGUGAUGAUUUUCUAGACUUGGAAGAUGUGAAUAAUACCAUUAUUGAGGAAAAACCAGAGAAGACAUUCCCUGAGAAGCCUACACAACAUUCGUUGGCUGAACCAGAUGAAAAACAAAAAAUAAGCAAUAAUAUAGAUGACUGGCUUGAUAUGAAUAUGUCUGCAAAAAAUGAAGCAGAUACCAAAAGCCAUUCUUAUGUGGAGAACGGCAUAUCUCCAGACAUGGAAUAUAGAGACCCAUCCUCAUUGGAGCUUUCUCCAUCUGACAGCUCUGGCGGAACUUAUAUGUGGGAUGAAGAAGGAAUGGAGCCCAUUGGAAAUGUCCAUCGGUGCGAGAGCUACGAGUCAUCAGAAAUGAACAGCAUGGACAUCCUUAAUAAUAUUGAGACCUGUGACCUAGAAGAGGAUGACCUAAUGCUGGAUGUGGAAAUACCAGAGGACCCACCAUGUGACCCUGGUGAAGGUGAAAAUAUGAGCCGUUUUGAGAGAUCUGACCGAAAUCUGAGGCAACAAAAACUGUUUUGGAAAAGAAAUCCUCCUCGACUUAAUGGGCAAGAGCAAUACCACCUAAGCAAUCCUGAACACUACCACAAUGGCAGGGGGUCUUCUUGCUUGGAGUCUCCCUACGAUCAAAAAGAUAGCUUUGGGAGUCCCUAUUGUAGCCCGCUGUCACCAAGGUCUCCUCAGGCGAUUGUCUUACAGGAAAACACUGUCAUGCUGGAUGAAAUGACUCUACGACACAUGGUCCAAGACUGCACCACUGUAAAGACGCAGCUUUUAAAGCUAAAGCGUUUACUUCAACAAGCAGAUGACCUCGAGUCACCAGUACAAGACUUGCAGCUAUGUAUCCCAGCUACAAUUGAGCAAACUGAGACAGAGACUCAUUUGAAGACUGAAAACCUGCUGACUGAGAUCCAACAACUAAAAGAGGAAUCUAGAAAAAAAGAUGACAUGAUAAAACAAUUACAGGAACAACUGAAAACAAGAUGUAAAUGCCAGAAAGAAACUCAAGAGCCCACGGUGGAGAAGUUAAAGCAGCAUGACAAGUUUACUCAGACCAAUUGGAGAAAGAGUUCACCUCAAAUACUACAGUGUUCCAGCAGCACCCUCAGUUCCACAGACCACCCCUCGGGAAAAUUAACAGUAUGUCAACCUACCGGGGUCCCAAAUGAACCGGCAGAGCACAUUCAACAAUGUUUAUCAUUUUAUCAGAGUGACGAUUCUGGAGCUAGCUCCAUCAUCCCUGCAAGUGAACUAAGUGAUCUCCUAAGCACACAGUUGAAGAUAAAUGAUGGAGAAAGCAAUCCAAAAAAUAGAAAAGAGAAACAUGACAAAGGUCAUGCACAGUUUGAUGAGAACAAAAAUGUUAGACUGUGUUCUGAUGACCUGGUACCACAAUCUUUACCUAGUCAACAAAAAUAUCUAAAGUCUAAAACAAGUGUGAAUGCAUCACUGCCUGGACACAUUUCAGGCCCAAAGACCUUGCAGUGCCCAAAGCCCAAACUGCAAUAUACUUUGGCAUAUCGAGGAAACACUUUAGCCCCUCCAAACAGUAGCUUGACUUCAACAGACUUUAAAAUGUUGAUGUAUUCAUCAGGCCCUUCUUUGCAACAGGAGAAUUUCCACACCAAAAAGAAACAGACAAUACCGAAUACCUAUCCUGUGCAUCAGACCACUGUAAAUGUCAGUCCUGACUCCAACACUUGCAAAUUGGAAAAGACAUGUUCACCUGCUGGUCAGUCCCUCUUGACCAAAACCAUGCCAGAUGCAAGAUAUUUAAUUCACAGCACAUCACUAUCAACUGAUAAGUUGUCAAGUGAAGGAGAGUUAUCUACUCAUCUGCGAGCUCCAGCAACUGAACCCUCAAAGCCAGUAAGCAAGUUAAUGCCCAAGGGAUCAUUACUCAGACCUACCAGUCACCUUCCUUCCAAACUGAAAACACCAAAUAUUUCCAAGCCUGACGUGCUUUCAAAGGAUGUUCCUAAAGAAGCCCAAAAGCCUCCAGGGAAGGCAUCUCCAGUUGUCCCUAGGCACCUCUCUCAUAAAAAAGAUGGUAUGCGUGAAAGUGAUACUUGCUCCAUCCCAAAGAGACAAUCACGUCUCCCUCAACCAAAGUCACAUUAAAUGAAAAUAAAAUAGUGAUGCUGUAUGCUUAAAGGAAAUAAUGGGUAUAAUAGUCUCCUGUUUUAAGGAAUUACAGUGGCCGUGGUAGUGUUUUAAUGCAAUCUGUUAUCAAUGUUGGGUUUACAAAGAACAUUAUGGGGGG